GGAGGCGGAGGCGGAGGCGGAGGCGGAGCCUCGUUGCUGUCUGUGUUGCAGGGUGCCAUGGGGGAGAAGAACGGGUUCUGCUUCAAUGAUGGGAACGUGGAAGAGCCCCUGCAUCCCAAGGACGGAGGGGAGAAGAACGGGUUCUGCUUCAGUGAUGGGAACGUGGAAGAGCCCCUGCGUGCCAAGGACGGAGGCAAAUCCCACCACCCAGAGGCGCCUGUGACUACAGAUGAAAGGACGUGCAGAAGAGACCUGGGCAAGUGCCCCACGCUCCAUCCAGUGUGGGUCGUGGUGCUGGCUGUGCUGGUGGUUCUGGUGCUGGCUCUGGCCGUGGCUGUUGCUGUACUCACAGCAGGAAGACGUGGAGGGGAUCCAGCUGUGCCUGCGGCUCUGGUGCUGGCCUGUCCUGAUGACUGGGUCGGGUACCGCAAUGUCUGCUACUACCUGUCGAGGGCUGAGGGGAGCUGGGAGUGGAGCCAGGAGCAGUGCUCCUCGCAUGGGGCCUCGCUGGCCAUGCCCAGGAGGGAGGGGGAGAUGGAGUUCCUCUGGCGCCUCAAGGGCAACGUUGAUUACUGGCUUGGGCUGCGGAGACAGGGCGAGCGCCUGCAGUGGGUGGAUGGCAGCAGCUUCAACCAGACGUUUGAGGUCCACGGCCAAGGAGAGUGUGUGUAUUUGUAUGACGGGGCUGUCGCGAGUGCAGGCUGCUCCCAGUCACGGCCGUACAUCUGCAGCAAGCCCAAGCGCUGAUGUGAGAGAGGUGAUGGAUAAAGGCUGUUCUCCACGGUGGGGCCUCACAGCUUCACCUCUUCCACCGGUGCAGAGAGGUGUAGAGAGGUCCUUCCCUCAACUGCUCGUCCAGGUUGGCCCUGCAGGUUUUGAGAUGUGGUGGGAGCUGCCAUGUACUGCCUCCACUGGCGCCUCAAGCAUGGAACUGAUUUCUUUUUCGUCCUGGGACCACCGCAGAACUCAUCUUGCUUCUCUCACAAAUUGCACAGACCUGCUUUUGAACUCUGGUAAUGGAGCUGGAGCACUUACUGCCAGAUGAGCUGGGUGCAGAAAGGUCGGUGCAGGUCCCUGUGCAGGGCAGAGGGGACACAGAGACAGGGGGUGAAGUGGCCCUUAUGGGGCUCCUAUGAGAGCUAGAGUCUGAGUCAGAGUGAUAUAUUUUUUCUAUACUGAAUGGUUUUAUGAAAACAGGGUGAAUUCCUGUGCAGCGCAGAGGGGACAUAGCACCGGGGGUGAAGUGGCCCUUGCGCUGCACCCAUGAGUGUCAGUCUGAAUCACGCUGAAGCUUUUUUUUCCGCUGUUAUUUCCACUGUAUUAUUUAUUAAAAUAUGAUUUAUUUCUA